AUGGAGGGUCUGUGGCGGGCGGCGACGGGCCAAGACCCGAGCCCGGAAGACUACACCGGAAUCGACUUCUGGUCCAAUCCUGAGCGCGCCACGUGGCUGACCAAGCAGGGCGAGUACAUCAAGACGUGGAGGCGCCGCUGGUUCGUCUUGAAACAGGGGAAGCUGUUCUGGUUCAAAGACAAUCACGUGACCCGCUCGUCGACGCCGCGCGGUGUGAUCCCGGUCGGCACGUGCCUGACUGUGAAGGGCGCCGAGGACGUGGUCCACAAGCCCUGCGCCUUCGAGCUGUCGACUACCAACCACGACACGAUGUACUUCAUCGCCGAUUCGGAGAAGGAGAAGGAGGAGUGGAUUAACUCGAUCGGACGGUCCAUAGUUCAGCACUCCAGAUCGCUCGCGGAUUCCGAGGUCGUCGAUUACGAUAGCAGCCGACAGUGAUCACAACCUCUCGAUUUUCAUGGUACAGUAAACUGUAAUUUGUGUUUUUUUUCCCUUAAAUUUGAUGUAAUAGUUGUUUUGUUUGAUAAAAAUCGGAGCUUUUCUUGUUUUCUUGCUGUCGAAUUUGGACAAUUUUAGGCUGAAUUUUGUUUCUCUGUUGCUUUUUUUCGUAAUAUAGAUGAUAUUUUGUGUGA